AGUGACACUUGGGUAUAAAGAGACAAGCUCAAAGAAAAAGGAUCUAUAUCCUCUAAAGGAAGGUAUACAACUAGGCACUCCUUAACCUGAAGAUCGUCGCCUGUGACUGCCUCCUUCGAAAUGUGGCUCCAAGCCUCUCUCCUGUGUCUGUCCUGCUUGAUGCUGUCAAGCCAGAGCCAGGCCACAGACCGAGCCUCCCUCCGCCGCUCCAAUGACUCUGCUGGACGCUGCCACUACACCUUUACCGUGGCCAGCCCAGAGGAGUCCAGCUGCCCUGGAGGCAGCGUGAAACCAGAGAUGGAUGGAGUCAUGUCGCGGGUCAUCUUGCUGGAGGCUUUGGUCAGCCAGCUCCUGGCAGGAGCGGACGGAGGCACGAGGACGAGGGUCGAGUCUAACAUGGAAGAGGGUCUCCAGGAAGCUUAUGCUCAGGUCACCAGGGAAAGAAACCAACUGCAGCAGGACAAGGAGCGUCUGAACAAGCAGCUCCAGGAGCAGCAGAGGAGGCUGGGCGAGCUGAGCCAGGAGGCAGAGAGCCUCAGGCAGAAGCCCUGCAAGCAGACACACACCUAUGGGGGGGCUCAGCAUGACAGCAGAACUGCCAAUGACCCUGCAAAUGACUCUAAGAAUGGGGCGUACCAGGAGAUGAAGGCUGAGGUGACAAAGGUUCAAGCAUCCAACCUUAAUCCUGAUGGAAAUCAAACCUUCACAGACUGUGGAGAGCUGCUAUCAGUGGGAGAUCCUGUGCUGCACAGGAAGGCUGACAGUAUCACGGGCAAAUAUGGGGUGUGGCUGCAGGACCCCGAGCCUCUGGGCCCUUAUUACACCAAAAAGACUGUGUGGCGCAUCGACGCAGUGGGCAAAGAUGUCCGUCAGCUCUUUGCAUUUGAAGACAUGGACCAAUUCUCCCGAGGCUUCCCCAUGAAGGUCUUGGUCCUGCCGGAGCCUGUGGAGAGCACAGGGGCGACCAUCUACCGCGGCUCCCUCUACUACCAGCGCAAACGAAGCCGUUCCCUGAUCCGCUACAACCUGACCUCUGAGAGCCUGGCGUCACGUCUGGAGCUACCUCACGCCGGCUUCCACGGCCAGUACCCUUACUCCUGGGGAGGCUACACGGACAUCGACCUGGCGGUGGACGAACAAGGCUUGUGGGCCAUCUACAGCACGAGCAAGGCGAAAGGCGCCGUUGUGAUCGCCCAGCUGGACCCAGAGAGCCUGGCCGUGAAGCAGAGCUGGGAGACCAACAUCAGGAAGAACACAGUGGGCAACGCCUUCAUGGUGUGUGGACGCCUGUACACGGUGGCCAGCUACACUGCACCCAACACCACCAUCAACUACGUGUUUGACACAGCCACUGGGACGCAGCGGGCAGUCGCUGUGCCGUUCAAGAACAAGUACCGUUACACCAGCAUGCUGGACUAUAACCACGGCCAGAGGAAGCUGUAUGCGUGGGACAAUUUCCACAUGGUCACCUAUGACAUCAGAGUGGGCAGAGCCAAUCAGGGCAGCAGCUAGAGGAAACCGACAGAGAAGCUGCUGCUGUUUACCGGACUGUUCUGGUGCAAGUGAAUGUGAUAAAGCAUAUACUCAUUGACAUUUCAUUGAGGUUAUUGUAAAGAUUGUCGUUAAUGUGUUUUUACAUCAUUGAAAUCUAUUUUGUGUAUUCGUACUGUAAAUAAGAUGUAUACGACAACUGAGUAAUAUCCAUGGAGCAGUGACAGAACUGAUGAUCUCAGUUAUUAUUAAGAACAGAAAUGAUGGUUUAAAAAGUGAAAUAUUUUUGUUGUCUGCUAAUAAAUGUUCAUGUUAUUUAAGUCCUCAAUAAAAACCAAGAGAAUGA